CGGGCCGGCGUGCUCACAGCGGAGUGGGCUUUGCCUUCGUCCAGCACGCUCCCGUCCAGCACGCUUCCCCUCCUUCCUCGUCCCGCCUCGCCAAUGAAACUGGCCGCGAUGAUCAAGAAGAUGCGCCCCAGCGAGUCGGAGCUCAACAUCCCGGCCAAGAACUGCUACCGCAUGGUCAUCCUGGGCUCCUCCAAGGUGGGCAAGACGGCCAUCGUGUCGCGCUUCCUCACCGGCCGCUUCGAGGACGCCUACACGCCCACCAUCGAGGACUUCCACCGCAAGUUCUACUCCAUCCGCGGCGAGGUCUACCAGCUGGACAUCCUGGACACCUCCGGCAACCACCCCUUCCCCGCCAUGCGGCGCCUCUCCAUCCUCACAGGAGACGUCUUUAUCCUGGUGUUCAGCCUGGAUAACCGAGACUCCUUCGAGGAGGUGCAGCGCCUCAAGCAACAGAUUCUGGAGACCAAGUCCUGCCUGAAGAACAAGACCAAGGAGAACGUGGAAGUGCCGCUGGUCAUCUGCGGCAACAAGGGCGACCGGGACUUCUACCGGGAGGUGGAGGCCCGGGAGAUCGAGCAGUUGGUGGGCAGCGAUCCGAAGCGCUGCGCCUACUUCGAGAUCUCGGCCAAGAAGAACAGCAGCUUAGACCAGAUGUUCCAAGCCCUCUUCACCAUGGCCAAGCUGCCCAGCGAGAUGAGCCCGGACCUCCACCGCAAGGUCUCCGUGCAGUACUGUGACCUGUUGCACAAGAAGGCGCUGAAGAACAAGAAGCUGCUGAAGGAGGGCAGCGGCGGAGAGCCGGGGGAAGCCUAUGGCAUCGUGGCCCCCUUCGCCCGCCGGCCCAGUGUCCACAGUGACCUCAUGUACAUCCGAGAAAAGGCCAUCGGGGGUAGCCAGGCCAAAGACAAGGAGCGUUGCGUCAUCAGCUAGGAGCCACCCGUAGCUUCUCCCCUGUAACUAAAGCAAAGAGGAUUUUUUUUUUUGUUUAAGAAAAAAAAAGACACUCUGGAAGCCCAGAGUGGCAUUUUCCUCCCUGCCUGUACCCCAGGGGUGGCUUUCCACCUGCCCCCGCCAUGCUUUGGGGGAUGGUGGGGGGGAGGGGUGCCCUUCUGCUGGGGCACCUGAAAUGGAGGAGACAGUCAUCUGCUUUGGAAGGAACAGGCUUGUGGGCUGAAGGGCCCCCUCUGUACUUUAAUGAUCUCUAAAUGAUAGAGGGGAGAUGCCCAGCGCAGGGUGGAUUUCAUCUGCCGGAGGCUCGGGUGGGGGCGGGGGCUAAGAGAGCGGCGAGGCGGCGGAGUGAUCAUCACUAAGUUUAAAGGACAAUGUGGGGUGGAGGUAGGACUCGUGCCAAAGUCCCAAAGAGGUAUUUUUCCUGCAUGAGGGACCCCAGGGUGCCACAGACAUCUGGCCAGAGCCUCACCCCUCCAAUAGCGAACUGCAGCGGCGGGGGGGGCGGGGAGGGUUUAGGUGAGGUGUAGAAAAAUUGACUUGUUUACAUGUGUGUGUUCAACUGCAAAAGUUGCACUUUAUAGUAGAGCUACUGUGUUGUCAUGACAUGAACAAAAUUUCCAAGUGUUCUGUACGUGUGUGACUAAUUGUUAAUUUAAUUUUUUUACAAAAUAAAAUUUUAAUAUAAACAUUC